GCGCACGAACCAAUCGCAAAUCCCUUUCCCUUUUCCUCUUCCUUCCUCCUUGCCUUCGUCCCGACUGCAAUCUUCCCUUCUCCCGGGCAGAGAAAAGCAAAAGGAAAAAAGGCGAGGGGAACCGCGCGCACCGGAUCCGCGGCAGCCAGCACCGGCAUCCUCGCCGUCGCCUCUUCCCGCCGAUCGGCAUGGCUGACGGGGACUCGGCGGCGGCCUACGCGUCGCCGCGGUCGCCGCUGCCCCCGGAGACGCCGUCCACGCAGAAGCGGCGGCAGCGCGGCCUCGUCUCGCGGGUCUGGAAGGGCAUCUUCGGCCGCCGCGAGGACGUCGAGAAGCUGCUGCAAGCGCUCUCCAAGGAGGAGGAGGCCCUCCGCUCCCGCGUCCACCGUCGCGCCCGCGCCUCCCGCGCCUCCGCCCACAACGUCCUCGCCCUCGCCUCCGCCCUCGAGAUCGCGGCUGUUGGAUAUGCGAUUAUGACUACCAGAUCCCCAGACAUCCCCUGGCAGAUGAGGGCAGCCCGGGUGCUGCCCAUGUUCUUGGUUCCUGCUUUAGCUGCUCUCAUCUACUCAGCUAUUACAAGCAUUGCGAAAUUCCUUGAUAAUAGAGAUCAACAUACUCUUGAAAAGCUUCGUGCUGAAAGGCAGGCCAAGAUUGAUGAGUUGAAAGAAAGAACAAACUACUACACUACCCAGCAACUUAUACAGAGAUAUGAUCUUGACCCUGCUGCAAAGGCAGCUGCAGCAAGUGUUUUGGCAUCUAAGCUGGGUGCGGAUUCUGGAUUGAGAGUCUUUUUUGGAGAUGAGUCGAACGUGGAUGGAAGUAAAAGUAAUGAUCAGCACGGACAGACUUCUGGUCUGAGGCAAAGAAAACCGGCCCACUCAGGCCAUGGCUCUGGACCGACCCAUCCCUCUGAGCCAUCAGACGGCUCGAGUAUAUAUGACGGUAACGAAAGCCCCACUGCAAAUCGGACUGUUGAGCACUUCAGAGGCCAUGCUGGCAAUGAUGGCGGAUGGCUCGCACGAGUGGCCGCUCUGCUUGUAGGGGAGGAUCCAACACAAUGCUUUGCGCUGAUAUGUGGCAACUGCCAUAUGCAUAAUGGUCUUGCAAGGAAAGAGGACUUUGCGUUCGUUACGUACUACUGUCCUCACUGCAAUGCUCUCAACGGACCGCGGCAACACGAGGACGGUGAAAGCGUCCAAGCCGGCGCCAGCCUUGCGGACUCGGGCGUCAGCAGUCCUGUCGGGAGGAGCUUGCCGACCGUCGAAGAACAGCCUGCAGAAAGUCCUGCUGCGAGUAACUCAACGGUCGCUGAAAAACCUCAGGCGGAGAGUUCUGCUGCUACAAAUAGCUCAUCACCAACUGUGGAGAAGGCAGGCAGCGAUCAGCCUGCCGGCUGAACUUUAUCAUUUCUUUUUGAAAGAAACAGCCUGCCGGAUUCUUGUGCCUGCCACCACCUAUGCAUAUAGAUGCGGAUUAUUCGGUGUGUUGUGCUUGGAAUGGAUUGUUCCACUUGGUGCUUCUAGGGUGCUAGCGUGAUGGAUGCCCGUUUGACGGCAUCUUGCCCAGCUGCUUGAGUGAUGGGUCGCCGCUUUGCUUUUGCUCUUGAGUGUAUAGUUUUCUUUCUCUUUUGAAAAGUUGAGUUCUACGCCUUUUUUGUAAUAUUACCAGUCAUGUGUAGUAUCGGUUUCUCUUUAUGUAAAUUCUGGUUUUGGAAUAUGUUUAUUUUUUGACCUUGAUGGGUAUGGAAUAUGUUCAGUGUUACCAAAGUAA